UACAGAUAGUGCAGACAUGGCCAAGUUACAGUGGGUGGUGUUGAUGUGUUGCGCGGCCUGUGGCCUAGCUAGGCCUUCGCCCCAGUACGAGCCCCAAUCCCAGGAGCAGGAGUUGUACAGCCACGAAGGCUACGAGGCCGAUGGCCUUCAGGACCAUUAUGGAGGCCAAGAGCACUACGGGGGAGGCCACGAAGAAGACCAUGUAGACUACUAUGCGCAUCCCAAGUACAGCUACAAGUACGGGGUGCACGACGAACACACGGGGGAUGUGAAGAGCGCUCACGAGACUCGUGAUGGUGACGUGGUGAAGGGCAAAUACAGCCUGGUGGAGCCUGAUGGCAGUGUACGUACCGUGGAGUACACGGCAGACAAGCAUAAUGGGUUCAACGCCGUGGUGACACGGACAGGGCACAACACCCAUGCCUACCACGCUCCUGAACACGAGUACGACCACAGCUUUUAUGGUGCUUCUCACCAUGUGACAAACCGCAGGGACUGGUUUGCCACUUACAAACCAUUUGAUACUCCUAAAAAGAUGGACAGUGCUCGCCAAGGUGUUCAUAUUCAUGCCUUGGGGUCAGGAAAAAUAGACGUUAUGGUUUUUGAUGGUAAACAGUGGACUUACAGGUAUUUCGAUGAUGUUUGGUACUGUCCUGAUGUUGCUUGUAACUUAUUCUCUGUGAGGAAAGCAGGUGAAAAAGGCAUUCACCAGACUGUGAAAAACAAUGAGAGUAGCAAUGAUAUCGAGCAUGAUCCCCUUGACAGUAGGCAAUCAAUUCUAAAUGAUGAGACUAGAAAUCAGCUUGUUGACAGCAAUCAGGACAAUAUAUUCCAUGAAGAAGAGCAAGAUAUUGUGUAUCCAGGAACCAAUGAUACUGAUGAGCAAGACAUGUUGUGUCCUAGUGAUGAUAACGCUAUUCCAGGUGAUAUAUUACAAGAGGAGACUUAUAACCUGAGAAAACGUGAUGGAAUAAAAAUACCUAUGAGAUAUAGAGAUGAUUCUGUCAUGUGUGUCAGUGACAGAGAUAAAAAUGAGCUUUUAGCUUCUGCAAUACUUACAAACGAAGUACCGGAAAAUUAUGAUGAAGCAAUUAGAUCUGAGCAUGUCGUCGAUUGGAAAUCCGCUAUGGAUGAAGAAAUAAAUUCAUUAAUAAAAAAUGAAACUUAUGAUUUGGUUGAUCAACCAAAAGGAAGAAAAGUCAUCGAUAAUCGCUGGGUAUUUGCACUGAAAACAAAUUCUGAGAACGAGAUCAUUCGUUACAAGGCGCGUUUGGUCGCAAAAGGAUUUACUCAGCAUCCUGGUAUUGAUUAUGGUGACACUUUCAGCCCUGUAGCUCGGUUUAAGACGAUGCGAACUAUGUUAGGCUAUUCAGUUCAGUACAAUCUUGCUAUCAAACAGUUUGAUGUUAAAACAGCAUUUUUGAAUGGCAAUCUUGAUGAGACUAUUUGGAAGAGUAAGCUUCAACGGUGUGUUUCCCAAUCUUCAAUGGAAGCAGAAUAUGUUGCUGCUAGCGAGACCUGUAAAUCCCUUCGUCUUGUGAAAGAGAUUGGCGCAAUUGAAGAAAAGUCUAUUCCUAUACUACAUGUGGACAAUCAAAGUGUGAUUAAACUUAUGAACAAUCCAAUGUUCCACGAUCGCUCUAAACAUAUUGAGACGAGAUACCAUUAUGUUCGACAGUUGGUAUCUGGGAAACAGAUCACUGUCAGAUACAUUCCAACAGAAGAACAAUCCGCUGAUAUUUUAACAAAGGGCUUAUCAUCAUUGAAACAUGUUAAAAUGAAAACUUUGGAAACAGAUCACUGUCUGGAGCGCCACUGGAGACUGGUAUAUAACAGUCGCCUCGCCGCUGGAGUGUCCAGUUCUCCAGCCAUGCUCCUGUCACUCCAGACGUUACUAACAGCAGCCGUGCUGGCGCUCGUGUCGUCUGCACCAUCACCCUCCCCCUCACCAUCACCCGCACCCUCAGAUGAGGACUACUCACAUGACGACGACAGUGGAGAGUACCACUCGGAGGAAGUCUACGAUACCCAUGAGCACCACGAUCUACCAGCCCCCCAGUACGUCCCUCUACUGGCUCCCAUCAUCGUACCAGACCAGUACAAGGGGGCACCCCUGGUCCCCCAGUAUUCUCCUAAAGGUUUGCCAAUAAUAGUACCGGAGUACCCGUACCCCAGCAAAUCCCCCUACCUGGAUUCUCCAUCGAAGUCAAUAGGGUACCCAUCCAAGUCCGGGUAUGAGUACGGGUACCCUUCCAAAUCCGGGUAUGAGUACGGGUACCCCUCGAAAUCUGGGGGUUUGUCGUAUGGAGUUCCGGUGAUCUCUCCCGGGCUGUUCAAGACGGAGUUUGACGGAGCUGAAUACGCGAGUUACGCACCUCAUCAUGACCACGAGCAUUACCACUACCCGAAGUACGAGUUCAAGUACGGGGUUCAUGACCCUCACACCGGGGACAUCAAACAACAAUGGGAACAUCGGGAUGGAGACAAGGUCAAGGGUAUGUACUCUCUUGUAGAACCCGACGGCACCAUCAGGAUUGUUGAAUAUACCGCUGAUGACCACAACGGCUUCAACGCCGUCGUGAAGAAAAUAGGACACGCUCACCACCCUCCCCCCAAACAUCACUACGGGAAAAGCAUCGACUACCCGAUCAAGAGCAUAGACUAUCCUUCUAAGAGCAUAGAUUAUCCCACCAAGAGCAUAGACUAUCCUGUAAAAAGCAUAGAGGCACCCUACAGCUAUAGUAGUUACGACUAUCCAGCAAAGUCUGCCGAAUACACUCCAUCCAAAUCUUUAGACUAUUACUCGCCCUCUAAAUCAGUUGAUUACAAAUAGUUGUAGUCCGUCUUGUUUUAGUGAA